UUCUACUGCUCUUCACUUCAAUUACUGCUCCGUCCCCACUUUGUGAUUGUGAGGUGGUACGUAUCCAGAAGAAGAAGAAGAAGAAGAAGAAGAAGCAGACGAAGGACAGAGGAGGGGGCAGAGUCAUGGCGGCAGUGAAGACGAUCAAGUUGGGGUCUCAGGGCUUCGAGGUGUCCGCUCAGGGGCUUGGCUGCAUGAGCAUGUCUGCCUUCUACGGGUCCCCGAAGCCCGAGCCCGACAUGAUCGCCCUCAUCCACCACGCUGUCAACAGCGGCAUCACCUUCCUCGACACCUCCGAUAUCUACGGCCCUCACACCAACGAGAUUCUCCUCGGCAAGGCGUUGAAGGGGAUAAGGGACAGAGUCCAAUUAGCCACCAAAUUUGGGGUUUAUUUUGAAGGCGGGAAGGGGAACAUCCGUGGAGACCCAGCCUACGUGAGGGCAGCCUGCGAGGGCAGCUUGAAGCGGCUCGAUGUUGAUUGUAUUGACCUCUACUACCAGCACAGGAUCGAUACUCGAGUCCCCAUCGAAGUGACGAUUGGGGAGUUGAAGAAACUCGUUGAGGAGGGGAAAGUGAAAUACAUCGGUCUGUCUGAGGCCUCUGCUUCAACUAUCAGAAGGGCCCACGCCGUUCAUCCAAUAACUGCUGUUCAGUUGGAGUGGUCACUGUGGUCGAGAGAUGUUGAGGAAGAAAUAAUUCCCACCUGCAGGGAACUUGGGAUCGGGAUUGUCUCAUACAGUCCUCUGGGACGAGGGUUCUUCUCUGUGGGCCCAAAACUGGUUGAGAACUUGUCGAACGAUGAUGCCAGAAAGAAUCUCCCAAGGUUCCAACCCGAGAACUUGGAGUACAACACAAAGAUAUUCGAUAGAGUGAACGAGAUAGCUCAGAGGAAGGGGUGCACCCCAUCACAGCUAGCCCUCGCAUGGGUUCAUCAUCAGGGGGACGACGUGUGCCCCAUCCCAGGGACCACCAAGUUAGAGAACCUAAGACAGAAUAUCGGAGCCCUGUCUGUCAAACUUACGUUGGAAGAAAUGGCAGAGCUGCAGUCCAUUGCGACCUCUGAAAAAGUGAAGGGCGAGAGAUACACACCUGAUGUUCCCACAUGGAAGGAUUCUGAGACACCGCCCCUGUCCUCUUGGAAAGCGGCCUAAGAGGAAAUCCGAAAUCAUGGAAGUGUACAUGGAGACUUGGCUCUUAGGUUUGUGAAAUCAUGGAUGUUUUAAGUUAAACUUGCAGGAACAUAUGCAGGUCGAAUGCUGGUUUAGAAUAAUGUACAGCAUGAUGCUUUUGGUAUGACAUAAUGUGAGGAGAAAUGAAGUACGAGUUUACGAUAUGUUGUAGUCUAGUUACUUGCUAAAUGUGCUUAUCCAAAGUUUUCUCUA